AUGCCGUUUGGUGGAACACAGCUCUUACCACGGGCUGCCUCACUGCCCAUACUACGACUACGCAACACCGAAACAUGGGCAUCAGUCGGCAGGAAGGAUGCAAGUAAUCCACUAGAUCUUACGCGCGAAGGUGUGCGAGAAGUGACGUCAGACGUGAGAGAACUUUGUGGCUCGACACUGCUAGAAAUAGAGAAUGCGCUGUGUUGCCGUUCUACAACAUCAAAUUUGUCACCGUCUGAAGCCUCAUCAUCUCCCACAACGGACGGGCAGCACAAGGGCACGAAAUGA